GAUUCUGGGCUCCUUUUCCGAAUACAGAGGGCUCCACGCAGACAUACUGGCAUCCAGAAACACAACAGGAGAUAGGCCAGUGUCUAAAGAUCAGCAGGACAAGAAUGGCGGCUCGGGAGAGGGGCGGGGACUACAGAGGAUUCAUCCUGCUCUCCAUCCUCCUGGGGACCCAGAGGGAAGUUUCGGCAGGACAUAUUCUCUACUCCAUUCCGGAGGAGACAGACACAGGGUCUUUUGUGGGUAAUAUCGCCAAGGAUCUGGGGUUGGAGCCCCAGGAGCUUCCGGAGCGCGGAGUCCGCAUCGUCUCCAGAGGUAGGACGCAGCUCUUUGCUCUGAAUCCGCGAAGCGGCAGCUUGGUCACCGCAGGCAGGAUAGACCGCGAGGAGCUCUGCGCGCAGAGCGUGCGGUGUCUGGUGAACUUUAACAUCCUGAUGGAAGAUAGAAUGAAUCUUUACUCUAUAGAAGUGGAAAUAAUGGAUGUUAAUGACAACGCUCCUAAAUUCCUGACGGAAGAAAUGAAUGUGAAAAUAAUGGAGAAUACAGCUCCUGGGGUGCGAUUUCCGUUAAAUGAGGCUAGGGAUCCGGAUGUGGGCACGAACUCUCUCCAGAGCUACCAUCUCAACCCCAAUCGCCACUUCUCCCUGGUUGUGCAAACUGGAGAGGAUGGAACUAAAUAUCCGGAAUUAGUGCUGGAGCGGGUGCUGGACCGGGAGGAAGUGACAGCUCACCACCUCCUCCUUACAGCCUCUGACGGCGGUGAUCCACCCCGAUCCGGAACCGCCCGCGUCCAAGUAACAGUGGUGGACGUGAAUGAUCAUGCACCAGUCUUCUCUUUGCCCCAGUACCAAGUAACUGUCCCUGAGAACGUGCCAGUGGGCACAAGACUACUCACGGUAAAUGCUAUCGACCUGGAUGAGGGAGUCAAUGGGGAAGUGACAUACUCUUUUAGGAAAAUAACUCCAAAAAUUCUACAGAUAUUCCAGCUGAACUCCCACACAGGAGAAUUAUCAACUUUAGAUGGCCUAGAUUACGAAGAAUCUGGCUACUAUGAAAUGGAAGUUCAAGCUCAGGAUGGUCCUGGUAGCAUGACAAGGGCUAAAGUACUGAUCACAAUUUUAGAUGUGAAUGACAAUGCCCCGGAAAUGACUGUAACAUCUGUAAGCAGCUCAGUCCCUGAAAACACUCCUCCUGGAACAGUAAUUGCUCUCUUCUACCUUCAAGACCGAGAUUCUGGGAAAAAUGGCCAGGUGACCUGCACUAUUUCAGAAAAUCUGCCUUUUAAAUUAGAAAGAUCAAUAGACAAUUAUUAUAGAUUGGUGACAGCAAAAAACCUAGACCGGGAAAAAGUCUCUGUAUAUAACAUCACACUGAAAGCCACAGAUGGUGGAAGCCCACCCUUGUCCACGGAAACUCACAUCUCCAUGAAUGUGGCAGACACCAACGACAACCCACCUGCCUUCCCCCACUCCUCCUACUCCGUCUUUGUGCCUGAGAACAACCCCAGAGGCACCUCCAUCUUCUCUGUGACUGCACACGACCCUGACAGCAACGAGAACGCCCGUGUCACAUACUCCGUAUCUGAAGAUACUCUCCAGGGGCCAUCUGUAUCCUCCUAUGUUUCCAUCAACUCCAAUACUGGUGUCCUAUAUGCAUUGCACUCCUUCGACUAUGAGCAGUUUCAUGACCUGCAAUUGAGAGUGACUGCAAGUGACAGCGGGGACCCACCACUCAGCAGCCACGUGUCUCUGAGCAUACUCGUGCUGGACCAGAACGACAACACACCUGAGAUUCUGUACCCCGCCAUGCCCACCGACGGUUCCACCGGUGUGGAGCUGGCACCCCGCUCUGCAGAGUCUGGCUACCUGGUGACCAAGGUGGUGGCUGUGGACAGAGACUCGGGCCAGAGCCUGGUGGUGGCAGUCCAGGACCACGGCCAGCCCCCUCUCUCUGCCACUGUCACACUCACGGUGGCUGUGGCUGACAGCAUCCCAGAUGUGCUGGCCGACCUGGGUAGUCUCGAGCGCUCUGCCGACUCUGGCGACUCCGGCCUCACGCUGUACCUGGUGAUGGCCGUGGCUGUAGUGUCCUGCGUCUUUCUUGCCUUUGUCGUCGUUCUACUGGCGCUCAGACUGCAGCGCUGGCACACGUCGCGAUUGCUCCAGGCUUCAGGAGGCGGGUUGGAGGGCGUGCCCGCCUCUCACUUUGUGGGCGUGGACGGGGUGCGGGCUUUCCUGCAGACCUAUUCCCACGAGGUCUCGCUCACCGCGGACUCGCGGGGGAGUCACGUGACCUUCCCGCAGCCCAACUACGCGGACACGCUCGUCAGCCAGGAGAGCUGUGAGAAUAAGGAUCCCUUGUUAACAUCCAUAGAUUUUCAUGAAUGUAAGGAUAAAGCCCAAAGUAUUCAGGUGAGUUCAGUCAUUCAUUUAUAUUCUUCGAAGAACUAUAUUUUGUGUAAAUUUCUUUAUUGUUUUGCGAAAUAA